AUGGAAAUUGGUGAUAUUAAACCCACAAUGGCCGCCGCUAUCUGCACAAUCAUUGCAAUCGCUCGCCAUCCAAUUCAGCACAAAUCCGCUCCUCAACACUGCCGGAAUAUUCGAAAUUCCACUUAUACCCUCGCCCACAGGGGCAACCACGUUCCUCUCACAAAUCUCCAAAGCAGUCCCCAAAUUCGAAUCCCCUUCAUAAAUGGCCAAAUCCCAAAUAUGCCCUCCUUCGCAGCCACCAGCAACGUUGUACCUCACCAAAGCCUCCGGCACGGGCCUACGGCAGCCCGAAAACAGAUAAAGGUCCGUAGCACCAACGUAAUUGAAUCGGGCCGGGGGGAGAGUCGUGUUCUCGAUUCUCAGGCGACAGAUGCUGCUUUCGGGCAUCAAAACGGCGCUGUUAUAAGCAUGGAGCGACCGAUUUCGGUAGAAGAUUCGGUCCAAAAUGUAAUCGUUAUCGGAAAAUUUAAGGACAGGGAGACCCUCUCGGCUGCAGUUCAGCUCGAAUCCGGGGUACCCACAGUAGGAUUCUUGCCGGCCCGGGAUAUAGAACGGGAAGCUGACGUUCGGGCCGUCGCCGCAAUUUAUGGGCCCGCAUGCCUCGUAUUGAUAGUGGGCAGCCCAGGAUUGCUUAUCUGGAUUUUGAAGAUGGUGGGUUGGUGGGCGAAGGGACGGGGGCCACUUGAUGAUGGCAGUUGCCAGGUAAAAGGGGGCUGGGCCGAGGGGAAUGGGACUGAGACUGAUUUAUGGUGGGUGAGUUAG